CUGUCAAUUGUCACUUCUUGUUUUAUUUAUCUCGUUCCGGCCGAUUGUUGAAGGCUAUUUUUAAAAAAUAAAAGCAGCGCACUAGAAUUUGCAUAACAAAAUAGUUUAUUGAAUAGAGGUGCGUGUCUAAAAACGGCCAGACAAAGGAAGUGCAAAACUAUGGCUUACAAAUGUGUUUUAUUCGUUUCAUUAAUAGCUCCAUAUAUUUUACACUGUACCACGGCCGCCGUUCAUAAUCACAAUAUCGAUACAAUUGAAAGAGAAUCAGACGGCAGUUACCGCGCCCGAGACUACGACCACUACACUGAUGCCGGUCACAACUUGGAGUUCGACCACGAAGCGAUCUUAGGCAGUGUAAAAGAGGCGGAGGAAUAUGACAAGCUCAGCCCGGAAGAGUCGCAGCGGCGGCUGGCGAAGCUGCUACCCAAGAUGGAUCUCAACGGAGACCAGUUCAUUGACCGCAAGGAGCUUAAAAAAUGGAUUUUGAAUUCAUUUGCUAAGUUAUCUCGGGAAGAGGCUCAAGAGCGUCUGCUGGAGGCUGAUGAGAACCACGAUGGAUUGGUGACAUGGGCGGAGUACCUGCAUGAUACAUUCGGUGCUAACGAUGAUGAGGAGGUGGCACCUGAUGACACAGGAGACACUGGCAUGCUUGUGCGUGAAGAGAAGCAGAUGUGGGCACUUGCUGACAAGAAUGGGGAUGAAAUGUUGGACCUGGUAGAAUUUGAGGUGUUUUCUAACCCGGAAGAACAUGAGGAAAUGCAGCCGUUCCUGGUGAGCCAGACAAUACGCGAGCGAGACCACAACAAGGAUGGACGCAUUGACUUCAAAGAGUAUCUUGGAGAUAGGGCGGCUGCUCAUGAUAAAACAUGGCUGGUGUCGGAACAGGACAAGUUCACCCAUGAACUUGACUUGGAUGGCGAUGGUGCGCUUGCUGAGAACGAGGUGCGACGCUGGAUUAUCCCGGACAAUGAGGAAAUAGCUGAAGAGGAGGUGGAGCAUCUGUUCGCAUCAGCUGAUGAUGACCACGACGAGUUGCUGUCGUUCAGCGAGGUGCUGGCCCACCAGCACGUGUUCGUGGGCAGCGAGGCCACUGAUUACGGAGACCACCUCGUUGGUGACCGCUUUGAUGAUGAACUCUAGACUCAAAUAAUCAAGGUUUGUUUCACAAUAUACAUGUUGAAUCUCUCAAGUCAUUUUGCCAAUUUACCAUCCUUUUAUGUUCUUGGCCAUUAGUAAAACUAUUAUAUAGUCAUUUUUAACUACAAACUAAUGGACCAAAGAUUGGUCUUUGUAUACAUUUAAAUUGUUUAGGGCCCGUCCCACCACUAGCUGAUAGCCUUAGCUUCCUUACACAAAGUAACAUUCGAUUAUCGCUAUCGCUGAUUGAAAAGUUAAAAAUGUAUGAAAUUGACAAUUUAUAUAGAUUUGUCACAUGUUAAUUCCUACUGUAAUCAAUUUUGACACAUUUUGACCGACUUCCCAAAAGAUGGAUACUCAAUUCGUCUGUAUGUUUUGUUGAUUCUACUAACGAUGUUAAUCUAAACUCACUUUGUCUAUGGUUAUAGCUUAAAAAUGACGUCACGGAAAGGAACAAAAUCCGAUAUUUCCAUCAUAUUUUACAUGUUGCAUUAUUAUCAGACAAUUUACAAUUUGGUGGGACAGGCCUUUAAACUAUUGAGAUAUUGAAAAGUAAUUAAUGGCUUAACUCAUGAUGACGGCAACUUGUUUCUUAUAUACUUUUAAUAUGAUUGUUGGUCCAUUUUGUAUGACUUUCUUUAUACCUCGUUUGUUUUAUGAAUAACUUCCCAUUGCAUAUUGUACUUACAACAGAGGCUGUUUUAAUAGUAUAAUAGUACAUUGUCUUUACAUAUCUCUGAAGUCUCUGAUCUGUUAACUUGACUUUGGUCCUUUGAGUCGGAUAGUUUUAAUUUCAAAGGUAUAUUUAAACUACUUAAGUGUAUUUUUAAGAAGUUUAACGUAUUUAACUUAUUGUAUACAUGAAAAUAAUUUUAAACUUCAUAUAAUAAAAUUAUCAAUAAAUAUGUAAUUCAAUAAAAAUGUUGUAAAUGCUAAAUUUUGAAGGUAUUUUGUCAUUUUAAAGAGUAUUUGUCGUUUUCUAUAUAAAUCGUAUAUGUAUCAAGAAAAACUAAAUGGUAUAUAUUUACCAUACAUAUGUAUAUUAAAACUGUAAUAAAUAUUUAGAUUUGUUGUAUUUUUAGAAUCGGAAACCUUCCUUUGUAAGAAGUUAAUUGUUUUGCAAUUUAAACAAUGCUUAUGUUUCAACACAUUUUGUUUUAAAAUUGUUUUUAUUGAUCCAAAACACUUUAGUACAGUUAGUGGGACUGUCUCCUGAGCUAGUAAUAACUGUGUUUCAGGAGGCAGGGCCUUUUAACGAUUGUCUUAUUUCUUUAUAUUCAGGUUGCACAAAUGUUUGUUAAAACUUUAAUAACUAGUCAAUAACAUCCAUAUUUUAUUUGC